GACUACUUGUUGACAUUUAAGGGCAAAUGCACUGCAUAACCACCCAACCUGUUAAGGUUAGAGAGAAGGUUUGCUGCCAUGAAAAACAUUCUGACUCAGAUUGCUGAGAAAAAGCUUUCUCUUUAUAGAAACACUGAUAGCCACAGUAGAGGUAUUAUUUGUCUCAACAGAAGACAUUACAAUGCCUUUAAUAAUGUAUUUGUAUGUUGUUGUUUGUCUCUCUUCUGUGAAUGUUUUGGAAUGCCUUGGCUGAGUAAGGCCCCACCUCCUCCCAGUCAUAGCUCUCACCUGAGCCCUGUUGGCAGUUCCCCCUCAUCCUACUGCCCUCCUCUGCCUGGCCCUGGUGAAUGUUCCUCUAGCUCACUGGUCCUUAGGCACCGGUCCCACUCCUCAGGAACCAUGUCCUCCUAUUCACACUGCCCAGAGAACACCUCUCUCAACCCCAACACCAGGUUAACUGUACCAAGCACCAGUAGCUCCUCCCAAUCUGUCUACAGUCAACCACAGGGAUCCGGCAUGGUCUCCCCAAGACUAACCCCGUUGCAAGUUACCGAGAGCCCUCACACCCCUGGUACAUACCCCCACCAUGAGCCUGUCCUUAAAGACAAGCCACCCCUCCCCCAGAGAGAGAGACACACCUCCUCGCUGUCUAUCCGCAUCACCCCACCCACUCCACUGGUGGUCACAGUGCCCCUGCUCUGCCAGUACACCCUCCCCUCAGAGCCCCCGUGGACAGGACCCCAGGACACAGGGAUGGCUCUCCUGCUCUUUCCCCCUGCAGGCCGACAAGUGGUCUCUCCGAGACCCCCACACAGAAAGACAUCUCCUGAACCGACACUGCCAGCCUACCAGCCCCCCCUAAACAGGCCCUUUCAUAUCCGUCUCUCAUCUGACCCCUCAAAGUCCCCCAGCCACCCCCCACCAGUCCCGGUGGGUCCCCGGACCCACUCCCUGCCCCCCCAGGGCCCCUCCACCCCCGAGCCCAGCCAGAGCAGGGCCAGCUCGGUCCUCAGCUGCUCCUACAGUGAUUUGUCCACUGCCGUUCUGGAGGAAGAGCUGCAGCACUGUGCCCUGCUGUGUGCCACCGACAGGAGUUCUCAAACGCCCUCGCCCACCCUCAGCCAGAUGUCGGCCACCACCGACGACACUGCGCUCACUGCCACUACCUACACCACCGCCGUCGCUAAUAACUACAUGGCAGUGAAUGGGAAUGGCGGGAUCACGGGCAGCUACUACAGUCACCUCCAGAGGCCCUUCUCCCCCAUGUCCUACCCCCCUCCUCCCUCACUCAGCCCCAGCCUUGGCCUCUUAACACAUGCCAGGAGUACAGAGGUCCGCUCCCCAGGCAGCCCCCGUAUGAGCUGCCCUCCCCCCGCCACCCCAGCAGAGGGGUACCAGGAGGUACCAGGAGCCCCAAUGGGAGGCGAGGGGGGGAAAGCCCCUCACCACGCAGGCAUCGGCCCUGUGAAUGAGUCUGGCAUCCCCAUCGCCAUCAGAACGACCGUGGACAGGCCAAAGGACUGGUAUAAGUCCAUGUUCAAGCAGAUUCACGUGGUACACAAACCAGAAAAUGAAAAUAUGGACCCAUAUAAUACCACCCACACAGUAGUGAAUACCGAUAGACAUCAUCGCUCAGCCCCAGACUAUCGGCCAGCCAAGUCCUUGCAGACCUAUGCUCCGCCCCAGACCCACACGUACCGGCCAAUGACCAAGAGUGUGUCUGACAACAGCACGUGCAAUGUCUUCAGGAACACAAAUUCCUUAACCUCGCCCUCACCCAUGCCCCCCACACCCCCUCCCAUACUCUCAUCGGCACAUGUUCGAGAAAGGGAGCGCGAGAGGGACAGAGGCACAAUAGACAGAGGCACAAGAGACAAAAACCAAUAUGGACCCCCUGACAGAAAGGUGGACACCAGGAAAUAUCGUGCAGAACCUCGGAGCAUCUUCGACUAUGAACCUGGGAAAUCCUCAAUUUUGGAGCAGGAGAGACAGAGUUCCCAACAAGCCUCUACAGACAGGAACACAGACAGGCCAUCAAGUGUCCACAGCUCAACCAGUGACUACAGGAAGAGGAGGAAGUCCGAGGUAGCAGCCCAGCAGCCCAGACCAGCCAGCACCCUGACCACAAGCCAGAGUACAUCCAGCAGCCUGUCAGGGCACAAUAGCACCACCAGCCACCACCCAGUCUCCUGGCCUGUAGAAUCUCCCCGUAGCAGCAGUUACAGCAGCGGCCUCAACUCCUCAGGACGGCCCUCUGAACCCCCACGUAGCAGUAGUUACAGCAGCGGCCUACGCAAGCCUGUGGCAAGCUCCUCCCCUGCCUCCCCCUCCAAAGCCAAAGGUGGGGAUAUUAGCAACACCUACUCAGCCCAUUUCAGUUGUCCAGGUCCCUCUCCAGGUCCCAACCACAAUACCUCACAUAACUCAGUGUUUCCUUGUCUUAAUGAUGAGGCUUUUGACUGUGUUGUGCCCCCUGAGGGCUCUGAUGAGAGCCCUGAUGUGUGCCUGAAGAACGGCUGGCAGGCUCAUGUCCAGAGCCAGAAUGCCGAGGCUUGGAGCUCUGCUGAGGAAAAGCCAACCUCUCCCAAAGUCAAGUCUUGGAGCUGUGACGACCUCCUGGCAGAAGAUAGAGGAUGUCCGGGAGGUUCUGUAGGUUCACAGGUUCGCUCCGAGAGUGUAGACUUCCUGUCACGUGAGCAGCAGGGCAAAGAUCUCAGCGUCUGUGACAGCCCCCUGAGAGAGCGAACCCAGCACCACUCGGCCCACGAUGCACCAGGCUUCCUCAAGCUGUACAAGAAGAUGCACCACAUCAACAGGCAGGAUCUGAUAGGCUCCCAAAGCUCCCAGGUCAUCUGCUCUGUGAAAGCCCGGAUCCUGGAGUACGAGAGCGAGCUGCACAAGGAUCGGCUGGCCGGCUGGAGGGGCUACAGCGAAGAGGUGCCCCAGGACAUGGUGCACAACAGGAUCUCUGAGUUCGAGAGCCUCAUCCAGAAGUCUAAGUCCAUGCCCAACCUAGGGGGUGGGGGUGAGGGUGAGGCUACCCUGGGGGGCCCGUCCGGGAGGGGCAGCAGCCCCCAGCGAUGCUUCUCCAUCGAGUCCCUGCUAGACGAGGACCCCCCUGCCAGGAACCGCCCUGAGGGCCAGCCACACUACCCCAGGAUCAACGCCCCCACUACCAACAACUGUGUGCCCAUCCACAUCCAGAUCACUGGAGACCACCACCACGUCUACCCCCAGAGACCAGCUUCCCAGCAGGAAGUCUACUCAGACAGUGAUCACGACGCCAUCAGGUCCAAUCUCAGUGACUUCAUCCAGAUAGAGGGAUCUUCCUUCUGUAGUGAGAGUGACUACGACCGCUGCUCUCGGACGUCGUCUGAGAGCCCCUACGGCUCAGGCCACUAUCACCACCAACACCGUCAUCAUAACCUUAACCAUAACCAGCAGAAGCACCUGGUCAGCAACUGUAAGGGCCGAUGCCCUGCCUCCUACACACGCUUCAGCACCAUGCUCAAACACGAGAGGGCCAAGCAGCUGACAGCCGAGGACCCAGAGUCAGCCCAGUCCAAGCUGGCCUUCCUUGUGAGUCCGGUACCGUUCAGGAGGAAGAGGGGCUCCCCUCCCCACAGCCACAGGCAGACCGUCUCCACCCACAGCAGGCCCCCUCCCUGCUAUAAGAGCUCCAUGUACGAGGCUCUGGACGAAGCCCUGAGGGACAUCUAUGAACACAUCCGGGCCGAGAGGCGGAGGGGCAGCCUGCCCGACAACAGAAUCCUCCACAAGCUCCUGGACAAGCUGCUGCCAGACAUCCCAGAGAGGAGCUCCUCCCUCAGGGCACUGUGCAGACACAGCCCCAGCCCGGGACUUAGCCCCGUCCCUGGGCCCCAGAGCCUGGAGCAGGAGCAGCCAUACCCCUCUCAGCCUGACGGCAUGCCCAGCCCAACCUGCUACCAGCCUGAGUACAGCCGCCUCUCACACAGUGCCUCCUAUCACCUCACAGACCCCAACAACAACAGCCAUGUCUGUGAAGACGACGACUACCAAGACCAGGACCCCACCAGGGGCCACUCUUACGCUGAUGGGGGCCGCCACACCCCGCAGAUCAGGAUACCAACCCCUGAAGUCAGAGAGCCAGCCAGAGCUGUAUAUGACUUCAAGGCACAGACAGUGAAGGAGCUGACAUUCAGGAAGGGGGAGACGGUGUACAUCAUCAGGCAGAUUGACAACAACUGGUAUGAAGGAGAGCACCGUGGACUGCUGGGGAUCUUCCCCAUCUCCUAUGUGGAGAAAAUCCCUGUCUCUAAGAAGCAGCAGCCAGCCAGACCUCCCCCGCCAGCCCAGGUCAGAGAGAUUGGUGAAGCAGUGGCUCGCUACAACUUUAAUGCUGACACCAACGUGGAGCUCUCACUGAGAAAGGGUGAGAGGGUGAUUCUGCUGAGCCAGGUGGACCAGAACUGGUAUGAAGGGAAGAUCCCAGGGAGCAACAAGCAGGGCAUCUUCCCCGUGACCUACGUAGAUGUAGUGGUCAAGAAGUCCCCCACUGCCAAGAACCCCGCCGACCACUACCUAGAACCCUCUUCUUUACCCGAGAGCCUAUCCGCUGACAGGAUUCACCCUGUGGGUUCGGCCAAGCGGCCAUUGUUUACCCAAGAUGCCCUGAAUUGUGGUGGAGAGGCGUUCCAGGUCCUGUAUAACUAUGCUCCACGUAAUGAGGAUGAGUUGGAGCUCAAGGAAGGGGACAUUGUUGAUGUGAUGGAGAGGUGUGACGACGGCUGGUUUGUAGGCACUUCCAGAAGAAGCACGUUUUUUGGAACCUUUCCUGGAAACUACGUGAAGCGACUAUAACCUUGUUCUCAUGAUGCCCAGCAAAACUGCAGUGGUUGUAUAACUCAGUGGGUGAAUAACCAAUAUAUUCAGAUUGCACAAAAACGUUACAUUCAUCUAUGACUAGUUAUUUUCAUUAAAAAAAAACUUUUCCAGGAGUGACAAUGCAUUUACUAAUUUGAUGAAUAGGAGAAGAUAUGAACCCAGUGGCCUUGAAGGAAUAUAUUUCAUGUUUGAUUUAAGGGUAUUCUACUCUACUAACUGUGAGGAUGUCUCAGUGUAUACAGUUGAUGCAACAAAUAAGGUUGAAAGCAGAUUUGGUCAUAAACAAAUAAGAGUUAUUUGUGCGUAAUGAGAGUUAUUUACAGUGAAGGGAUGCCUUAUAGACUAAUGGGUUUCACAAUAAUGAAGUAACCAAGUGCCCUAUUUACCAUGUAUUUAUUUAUACAUAAAUAUAUAUUUUUCUUGUUCUGGAAGUACUCUAUAAUUGAUUCUGCUAAUUGACAUUAGGAGAGUAUGUUAUUAACCCUUUGGGAGAGGGGUUGUCCUCUUGCUUCACGCAGUUAAAGUGCAGGGGACCUGAACUUGGAUCUGUACAGGCAGGCAGAAAGAGAUGACAGUGUUGUUGUGUUAGUUUUAUACAGGCAAUUAGGGUUCCUCCUCAAUGCAUCCGUUAGCACAUGGCUUUGGACAGACACAUAGUUCAUGUAUUCAGGCAGUUACCUCUGACUGGAGCUAAUGUCUAUUGACUUGUCCGGUUUUGUUUUUCUCUCCUGACAUUCCUAUAAGUAUUAAUAAAAAGAAAGAGAAGACUUUUAUGUAAUUGGACAAUAUAUAUUUUUUUAAAUCAAUGUCUUCUUUUUACAACUUGGGUAGAGUGAUCUGUUAAUUUAAGAUUGUUCUUUAAUAUAUGAUCAUUUUACAAUGUUCUUCUUAUUGCGAACUGUCAAAUUAUUUGAAAUUAUUUAAAUAUCUUAGGGACAACUCACCUGCCACAAAUCCUGUAUAAAAGUGUUAAACAUAUUUGAUGUCAUUUAAUUUACUGUCUGUAUGCAUUCAGCUCCAAAUCAGCGUUUCAUUUAUGCAAUAACUAUUCUCCCAAAUACCUGCCUUUCUGUUCUAGAACACAGAGCAACAAAAUGACAGAAGGAUUGGAAGUGAUGAUGUUGUUGAUGAUGACAUGUAAUAAAGUCAUCAUGUAACUUUGUGUUCACUACUGCCUAAACACACCAUACCGUAUAGUCUGUCCUGUACAGUGUAUGUCCCUGUGAUUAAAAAACAUCCACUGCCUCCAUCAGU